AGCGACCUCAUAUGAUAAGAAACUUGUGCACCGGAAUUAGUUCAUCCAGGCGUAAAGAUAUUCCACCCUUUUUAGCUCCACUCAUUUUGGAAGCGAGCAGCAGAUUCGACUAUUCUUCUUGGUGUAAUUGGACCUGCUAUUCAGCCAGCCCAUGUGGUCAUGUCUUUGUUUCUCUUCAGUGUGAUUGGCAGGCGUGACAGUGAUUGACACAGUCCCCUUGGUGAUGGUCCAACAAAUUGCUCCUAAGCCAAUCGAAAACCAUUUAUCCAACAAAUGCUUAGCAUGAUAGCAGUGAUAAUAUGAGUUGUGUCACAAGCCGGGUCUGAUAAAAACUGACACAUAUCUCAGCCCAUAGACACACCCCAGCAUUUAGCUCAAAUGGUUUGGACGGAGUCGGAAACAUCGCCAAGCGACCGGGGCGCUAUGAGAGCGGCCCAGGCGCUGGCGCAGUAUUACAGUAUGCAUGAUCCACGAAGUAGUGAAGGCUUGGCAAGAUUAGCCCACAUGUAUAGCAGCAUGCAACCGUUUGUGCCCUUUCCUGCCGCAGCGCCGGGCGGGACACUUUUCCCGCUCCCGACAGCCCUACCGACCCUCUGCUUCUCCCCAACUCAAAUUGCCAGCGUUUGUGAAACUUUGGAGGAAAGUGGAGACAUCGAGAGAUUGGCCCGAUUUCUAUGGUCCUUGCCCGUUGCUCCCGGGACUUGUGAGGCACUGAGCAAGAAUGAAAGUGUUCUACGCGCAAGAGCCGUCGUCUCCUUUCAUCAAGGCAACUACCGUGAACUCUAUCAUAUUUUGGAGAACCACAGAUUUACUAAGGACUCUCAUGCCAAACUUCAGGCCAUGUGGUUGGAAGCUCACUACCAAGAAGCAGAAAAACUCAGAGGAAGACCACUGGGUCCUGUCGACAAGUACAGGGUCAGGAAGAAAUUCCCCCUACCAAGGACCAUUUGGGAUGGAGAGCAAAAAACACAUUGUUUCAAAGAGAGAACACGGAGUUUGCUCCGAGAGUGGUAUCUUCAAGACCCUUAUCCUAACCCUACCAAAAAACGUGAACUGGCUCAAGCCACAGGACUUACACCGACACAGGUCGGAAACUGGUUCAAAAAUAGGAGACAACGAGAUAGAGCUGCAGCAGCUAAAAACAGAAUGCAACAGCAGCAACAGCAAGCACUGCAGAACUCGAGCGUGUCAAACUCGGCCCACUCGCCGCCGCUGGCCGAGGGAGCAACGUGCUUACUCAGUCCCAACCCCGAUAGCCCUUCACCGCGAUCAUUAGCCGACUCGCCACCGCUCGAUUCCCCGCCUCCACCGGGCUACCACGACGACGACGAUGACGACGAUGUCCACCAUCGCUGAAAUUAUCAGCUGAGAGCUGAAUUCAUCAAUGGAAAGAACAUUUAUUUACCAUUUCCUCAUCAACUUUCUUGUGCGUGCCAAUGCGUCAAGUUAUGAGGUAAAGUGGUAGAAAGAAGGAACUGAAAUCUACAGUACAUGCCGAAUUGCUGAGGGGCAUAAAUCUGUGACAGCUUUGUAUAUAGGAGAUACAACAUUUUAUAUUCCAAAGGAUAAAUGAAGCUAGGACAAUCUAUGGCGACUUUUAUGUAAUUACAAUCAUCAUGCAACUCAUCAAGAUAAAUACUAUUUUCUUCAUGUUUUUCAUCAUCAGAUUAUUAGGACACAAGGGUACAGAUUUUGAAUUGUGGCCUGAUGUCUACGAUUGAUAUUUUAUCACAGUUAUAUUCUUCUGUGAUUGGUGGUUUAUAUGAAUAUUUCACAAUUUUAUUUGAAAAAAGGAACACCUACUGUCUAAAUCAUACACAAUUUACGUUCGCUUGUUUUCACAGCGGGCAGAGGAAAAAUCCUACAAUCCUAGUAUUAAAUCGACGAUCACUUUUAAUUAAUAUUCAUGAAGCACCCCACCUACGGGCAAUCGUCUUCUACAGUUACCCACCCCUGUUUCUCCAUUCUAUCCAAGCCCUCUUGAUGAAUAUUAUAAAUAUUCACGCUCUCUUUGCUGUGUGUUCAUAAGCUUCUUGUGUCUCAAUCAAGCUU